AUGACAGUGAAAAGCCGAAACCUCAUCGAGGUGGACUUUUGUUUGUUCGAUCUGGAUGGUACAAUCAUAAAGACAACCGAAGCUGUAGAGAAAGCCUGGACGGCGCUUUGUUUAAAGCAUGGCGUGGAUCCGGAAGAAUUGUUCCGGCAUUCACACGGUACGCGGACCGAGGAAGUUAUAAAAAGGUUUUUCCCUCAGUUGAACGACAAACUUGACAGCGCAGUUGAGGAGAUCGAGCUCGCGAUUGGAAGAGACUAUCCGGAGUCGGUCAGUUUAAUACCAGGGGCCUCACAAUUGUUGAGCUCUUUGGACAAUCCUACAGAAGGGACCUUUUCCGAGCGCAACUGGGCAAUUGUCACAUCCGGGGCGCAUAUCGCUCGUACAUGGUUCGAUGGAAUUUUGCGUGACAUUGGGCCGCCAAAAGUCUUCAUCACAGGUUUUGACGUGACCAGAGGUAAGCCUGAUCCUCAGGGUUAUGCCAUGGCAUCGCAAAGACUCAGUGAAGUUUGGUGUAAGGACUCAAAAGCUGUUCGCAACGUUGUUUUCGAAGAUGCCCCCGUAGGCAUCCAGGCGGGCAAGAAAAUCGGGGCCAUAGUAGUGGGUAUCACCUCUUCGUACCCGAAAGAGAUUCUAUGGGCAGCAGGUGCAGACUACGUGGUCCCAGACCUUUCGGGAAUCAAGGUGCUGGAGAACACCCGGCAAAGAAUAAAAUUAGAGGUAACGAACUGCGUUUCCCGAUGA